UCGGCGGCGGCCGUGGAGUUUUUGGGCGUUUCGGAGAGGGGAGGGGGGGCGGUGCGCGAGGCUGCGAAGAGUCGAAGCUUGGGUGGCGGCGGCGGCGAAGGAGGAGGAGGAGGAGAAGACUAGGGCGAGGAAGAGAAGGAGCGGGCGCCGCCAUGGCCGCCGCUAUCACCGACAUGGCCGACCUGGAGGAGCUCUCGCGUUUGAGCCCUCUGCCCCCCCGUAGUCCCGGGCCGGCGGCAGCGCGCGGACGGGCCGAGCCUCCCGAGGACGAGGAGGAGGAGGAGGAGGAGGAGGAGGAGGAAGAGGACGAAGAGGAGGCGGAGGCGGUGGCGGCGUUGCUCCUGAACGGCGGCUGCGGGGCCGCUGGCGGAGAAGGCGAGGCGGACACCAUGUCGGAGCCGAGCCCCGAGAGCGCCAGCCAGGCCGGGGAGGACGACGAGGAGGAGGACGAGGAGGACGACGACGAGGAAGAGGACGGCAGCAGCAGCGGCGGCGCCGAGGAGGAGAGCCUGGUGUGUGGCAGCGGCGGCGCUGGCGUUGGCGGCGGCGGCGGCGGCGGGAGCAGCGACGAGACGCGCUCGCUGAGCCCGAGCAGCGGCGAUGGGGACGGCAAGGAGGAACCCAAGGGAGCGCGGGCCGGCCCGGGCGGCGGUGCUGGAGGCGGCGGCGGCGGAGGAGGCGGCAGCAGCAGUAGCAGCGUCGUGUCGAGCGCCGGCGACGAGGGUUACGGGACCGGGGGCGGCGGAAGCAGCGCGACCUCCGGGGGCCGGCGCGGAAGCCUGGAGAUGUCGUCGGACGGCGAGCCGCUGAGCCGCAUGGACUCGGAGGACAGCAUAAGCAGUACUAUAAUGGACGUAGACAGCACAAUUUCCAGUGGGCGUUCAACUCCAGCCAUGAUGAACGGACAAGGAAGCACUGCGUCUUCAAGCAAAAGUAUUGCCUAUAAUUGUUGCUGGGACCAGUGCCAGGCGUGCUUCAACUCUAGCCCUGACCUGGCGGAUCACAUCCGGUCCUUACAUGUAGAUGGUCAGCGAGGAGGGGUGUUUGUAUGCUUAUGGAAGGGCUGCAAAGUGUAUAACACUCCCUCCACCAGUCAGAGCUGGCUGCAGAGGCACAUGCUUACACACAGCGGAGACAAGCCUUUCAAGUGUGUCGUCGGAGGCUGCAAUGCCAGCUUUGCUUCUCAGGGAGGGCUAGCUCGCCAUGUGCCCACACACUUCAGUCAGCAGAAUUCCUCAAAAGUUUCUAGCCAGCCAAAGGCCAAAGAAGAGUCUCCUUCUAAAGCUGGCAUGAACAAGAGGAGGAAACUGAAGAACAAAAGGAGGCGCUCCUUACCGCGACCACACGAUUUCUUCGAUGCACAAACACUGGAUGCUAUACGGCACCGAGCCAUAUGCUUCAACCUCUCAGCUCACAUAGAGAGCUUGGGGAAGGGGCACAGCGUGGUUUUCCACAGUACUGUGAUAGCUAAAAGGAAAGAGGAAUCUGGAAAGAUAAAACUUUUGCUUCAUUGGAUGCCUGAAGACAUCCUGCCAGAUGUAUGGGUGAACGAAAGUGAACGACAUCAAUUAAAAACUAAAGUAGUUCAUUUAUCAAAGCUACCCAAAGAUACUGCCUUGCUUUUGGACCCAAACAUAUACAGAACAAUGCCGCAGAAGAGGUUGAAGAGAACUCUCAUAAGAAAAGUGUUCAGUUUGUAUUUAAGCAAACAGUGAACGGCAUUUGCAAUCAACUAAAAAUUCGUCUAUCGAAUUAGGGCUGAAAAUUACUGUUAAAGAGUGUUGCAGUAUGUCUGGUGGCUCCCUUUUCAGGACUAGGGUUUCCUCAUGGAGUACAAUAUGUUAAUAUUUACCUAUUUAACUCAUCUGUUAAUGGUUUUUGAAAAACUUAUUUCAGAAGUUUUUGAAUAAUCAUAUUUUCAUUUAAUCUAUAUGACUCUUAAUUUUUUU